UGUCAAUUCAUGGUUACAAGUUGUACUGAGCACUCCAGCCUAGAUUCACCCAGGAUACUCAGAGCACUCCCAAACUGCAGGGGGCAACCAUACAACAGGAGGUGGAACCAACUUCUCGGAAGUGCUCUGGGGACCAUAUUUACCGGCGCACCCACAGGGAGUGCAUGGCAUUGAAAUGUUUGGUAAGAGCUCAGUUGGCCCUCUCACCCGUUCCUGGAAAAAGAUACUCUAACCACAGCUCCUGAUCAUCCAAAGACGCAACUGGUUAUCAACCUAUUCUGUUCCAUCCCAAUCUAUCAAACCAUCUUUAAGAAAAUAAAAGAAAAGAAAGUGAACAGUUUUGAGUUGUCCUUUGCGUUCAUCAGAGAUAAAGCAGUUUUCAAGUUUGGGCAGAGCUGUGGUCAGUCAGCAAAAACACACAGAACUUGACAGUUGAUAACCACCGUGGCAGUGAGAACAAGGAUCAAAGGCCUGAAGUCAAGCUGUCGACGCAAAGGAAGAAUUGACUGGAAACUCUUCACCAUGGCAAAGGAAACUCUUGGGAAAAAAGUCAAGCAACUGAAGCAAGAGCGGACCUUAGCUAAAUCUGCUUUCACCAAGCAAGCAAACUACCUGAGCAAAGCUGCAGAUGGUAUGAUUAAGGAUGAACUACAAGAGGAGUUCAGCAAGCUCAGUUCUCUGGCAAGGUAUGUCAGCGAUUCAAAUGAUGACUACAGGGCUGGCCUACUGGCUGAAGCGGGAACUGAGGAGGGUGAAGAAGUCAAGCUCGACAAGCACCAGCAGGCUGAGCUUGAAAGGACAAUGGAAGAGUGCGACAUGAGACUGGGGGAAAUCCGUGAAGCAGUCCAAUCCAACCUCUGGUCAAGAUAUGGUAAAGAGGAGGUAGACUUUGCAAUCCAAGAAGCGGGAAAAGCCUGUGAUAGAGCCCAAGCAAGCCCCAUCACUGCUAUCAAUAGAGAUGGCUAUGAACUUCAGCUGGAAAGAGUGAGGAGGCUAAUUCAUGAUGCAACUGCAAGCCUGAAAGACUGGGAAAAAUGGAUCUCACAUGAUCAGACAGCACACUUGAAAGGCAGGUUAAAAGACCUGAGAAUAUUCGGCAGCAACCUCGAGGCCAGAAGAGCAGAAUUCCUCACUGCACAAAAAAUUGCAGAAGAGGAAAGAAGAGGUCCAGAGCCUCAACCAACAGCAGUUCCACAACCAGUGGUGAGAAUAAAGCCAACCAGUCUACCUAAAUUCACUGGGUUUAAGAGGAAUUUCCAUAGAUGGAGGAGAGACUGGGAAAAUCUGCAAAAGCAGGGAGAGCCGACUGGCUCAGUGGAAGUGAAGAAGUUCCAACUCCUUGACAGUGUGGACGAGAGAAUAUGUAGAGACCUGCGCCUGCCAACAUACAACAGUGCUGAUUAAAUAUUUAGAGUACUUCAAAACAGGUAUGGAGAUAAGCCAACAAUUGCCUUGGAGAUAAUUGAGGACCUGGAGAGGAUCCCUCCUUUAAAGUCACACCAGCCAAGGAAGGUAAUUGACCUAAUUCAAGCUGUGGAAAAGGCCCUGAAUGACCUCACGGAGCUCGAAAGUACUGGAGCCAUAAAAAAUCCCCUUGUGAUCAGAUCCAUAGAGAGCAAGCUGCCAGAUAAUAUAAAGAGGGACUGGCUGACUUUCAUGGUCAAUCCAAGAAAUGGAGUCACACUUGACAAUCACUUUGACAUCCUUCUAACAUUCUUAAAGACACAAGAGGACAUUCUAGAGAAACUAGACCAAUUGGGUGUAGGUGAAAAACCUGAAAAGAAAGCCACAUACCUGGAGAAGAGGUAUGCCUCGACAAAGUCCAAGAGGAAAGGAGGAUGUGUUGUCUGUGGAGAUGAAAAGCACCAUGAGAAGAUAUUCUUUUGUAAGCAGUUCAAAGAACUAAAGCCUGGUGAGAAGCUGAAUGCUGUCGAAAGGCUGGGAGCAUGCAGAAGAUGCCUCAGAUGUCAUUCAGAGGAUGAUGAAUGUACGGACACAUACCUGUGCAGGAACAGAGACUGCAGGAGAGGAAGCUCUUCAGAUCACCAUUUCUUUCUCUGCCUGAAAGGAGGAUUCAAGGGGAAAGAAUCUGUGAAAGUGGGAAAACCCAGCACUAGGAGGCAAACAUUCACAGAGGAGCAAGAGGAAUUAAUAUCUGAGCUUACCCCGGAUAU